GUUAAGAGAAAAGAAGAAGGUACUAACCUAACUAAAACGGAGAGCGUUUUAUUGCCCGAGCUACUGCCGAAUGAGCUUGAAUUCCUUCAACUGGUAACUGACGACAACGUUUCUGCUGUGCGGGCCUACUGCCUGUCACACCCAUCCCUCGACAUAAACUGCGUCGAUUUCCAGGGCACCUCAGCACUUCACAUAGCUGUAAAAAACCGAUCGGAAGCAAUGGUCGAAUUUCUCUUAACGCAGCCAAAUAUAGAAAUCGGUGACACGAUAAUGCACGCCGUUCGAGAGAAUACCAUAAAAAUACUUGUAAAACUGCUCGAUACCCGAAAGAAGAUAUGCCCUGGUUUGGAGUUUGUAGGCAGCACUCACUCGCCAGAUUUUCCGGAAUACGUUACGCCUCUGAUGCUCGCCGCGCACUCCGGGAACUACGAAAUAGUAGCGCUGCUGGUUAAUCGAGGCCACACGAUACCUCAACCGCACUCACCGAAUUGCCUUUGCGGGGAAUGCAAGGAGUCCCGCGAGACGGACGCUCUACGGGCAAGCAACGUCCGGCUGGCUUCGUACCGUGCUAUGUGCGCGCCCGAGUACCUGGUCCACGUGGCUGCGGACCCCAUACUGGCGGCGUUCCGUUUGGCGAGGGUGCUGAGCGCGCACGCUGACGCCAGCCGCCACCAGGCUGCCGCCUACUUACAGCUAAGGAAUCAAGUCAGCGAGUUCGCCGUGAAUCUUAUAGAGUGUUGCCGAACGUCAGCAGAGGUGGAAGACGUAUUGAAGCAAACGUGUUGCCAGAGCCUCACGUCGUUCAAACUGCCGCGACUUCUGAUGGCCGUAGACUAUAAACAGAAGGAGUUUGUCGCACAUCCUAACACACAACUGGUUCUGCAAUCCUACUGGCUGGAAAACUGGUCGAGUUGGGAGACCAAGUCAACGGUAUGCAAAGGACUCAUAAUAACGAGCCGGAUUUUCAUUACACCUCUCAUUCUAUUUAUGUGCCUGGUAGCCCCGUGCCACCGUCUCGUUAGCCACUACCAGAUACCGUUGAACAAGCUGAUUACCCACGCCACCGCCUACUUCGUAUUCCUGGCCUUAGUCUUCUAUAUAUCUAAUCAAGAUAAAGCGAAGCAGAAACGAGGACCGCCGAAUACGGGUGCAGAAACGCCGCUAAUGCUCUUCGUGCUAGGCUACGCUUGGUCUGCGCUGCGCAAAUGCGUGUUGCAGGGCUCGCGACGUUAUUUUUCUUACGCAUGGAACAUCUUCGACCUCACCAUGCUUUUGCUCUUUGGCCUUACUUUUGCUUUUUGGGUUGCUGCCAUGUUUGAAACUGUUAAUGAUUAUGAGGAACUGGAACGAAAAUAUUGGAACCAACAUGAUCCAACCUUACUGGCCGAGGGCACCUUCUGCCUUGCAACCAUUUUUGCUUUCUUCCGACUCUUGUCAUUUUGCCAGCUUAACUACCAUCUUGGACCACUUCAAGUGUCUCUAGGAAAGAUGACUGUUGAUAUCUACCAGUAUUUAAAAGUGUACGCAAUAAUAAUAAGCGCAUUUGCGGUGGGUUUGGCUCACUUCUAUCAAUAUUACGAUGGCAUGGUUUAUGUGGACGAAGCAGGGAUGAAAACUGUACAGGCGUCAUCAUUCAUAAGCUUACCGGACACCCUAAAAACAUUGUUCUGGGCAUUGUUCUGCCUGUCGCCCCUGGAGAGUGCCGACGUGGUACUUGACAACCGCAACUCUUCGGACAGGCUUCCCCUAGCGCAGCACACGUACACUGAACGAAUCGGAUACAUUUGUUUCGGAUGUUUCGAAGUGAUAUCCGUUAUAGUAGUGCUAAACAUGCUGAUAGCGACAAUGUCUAACACAUACCAGCGCGUCAUAGACAACGUCGCCACCGAGUGGACCUUUGGGAAAACUGAGAUGUAUCUGAACUACAUGUACGAGACCACGCUGCCGUCGCCUUACAACCUCGUCCCGACUCCGGGCGGCAUACGGGCAGCCGCGGAGUGGCUGCUAGUCAAAAUAUGCCGCAAUAAGCCGACAGUCACAUGCUGUGCAAGAUACUGCAAUAUUGAGUGUGGCAACGAUAUACACGUGAACACCGAAUACGCGGCAUUGAUGACAGUUCUGGUUCAAAGAUACUUUAGGGAGAAGCGCUUAGUGCUCCAGAGCGAAGACCGAGCGAGCGGACGAGAUCUCGAUACGCUGCGCCACGAGUUGUCCUCUAUAAAAUCAUUACUCGAAAACUUGCAACCGCCGGGUACCACCGAUAAUAAUGAAUAG